CCAGAUCUUGUGACACAGGUGUUGGUGCCGUCCUGUGACGGAUUUAACCUCUCAGUUGUUGGGUGUAAGGAGGAUAGGAAGCAAAGAUGCCUAAACCGAUCAAUGUCCGUGUGACCACCAUGGAUGCAGAGCUGGAGUUUGCCAUCCAGCCGAACACCACGGGAAAGCAACUCUUCGACCAGGUGGUGAAAACAGUGGGCCUGCGUGAGGUAUGGUUCUUUGGCCUACAGUAUGUGGACAGUAAAGGCUAUACAACCUGGCUCAAACUUAAUAAAAAGGUCACUCAGCAAGAUGUGAAGAAGGAAAGCCCUCUGCAGUUCAAGUUCAGAGCCAAGUUCUUUCCCGAGGACGUGUCAGAGGAACUAAUCCAGGAAAUCACCCAGAGACUCUUCUUCUUGCAGGUCAAAGAGGCCAUCUUGAACGAUGAGAAUUAUUGUCCUCCAGAAACAGCCGUGCUUCUGGCCUCGUACUCUGUCCAGGCCAAGUAUGGCGACUACAGCAAAGAUGUACACAAAGCGGGAUACCUGACCCAUGACAGACUGCUGCCUCAGAGAGUGUUGGAGCAGCACAAGCUGACGAAGGAACAAUGGGAAGACAGGAUACAGACUUGGCAUGAGGAACACAGGGGAAUGCUAAGAGAGGACUCGAUGAUGGAGUAUCUUAAGAUCGCCCAGGACUUGGAGAUGUAUGGAGUCAACUACUUUGAGAUCAAAAACAAGAAAGGCACACAGCUGUGGCUGGGCGUGGAUGCCCUUGGCCUCAAUAUUUAUGAGCACGAGGACAAACUAACGCCAAAAAUUGGCUUCCCAUGGAGUGAAAUUCGAAACAUCUCUUUCAACGACAAGAAGUUUGUCAUCAAACCAAUCGACAAGAAGGCACCGGACUUUGUGUUUUAUGCCCCACGGCUGCGCAUCAACAAGCGUAUUCUGGCUUUGUGUAUGGGUAAUCACGAGUUGUACAUGAGGAGGAGAAAGCCUGACACCAUUGAGGUGCAACAGAUGAAGGCUCAAGCCCGGGAGGAGAAACACCACAAACAGAUGGAGAGGGCCCAGCUGGAGAAUGAAAAGAAGAAGCGAGAGCUUGCAGAGAAAGAGAAAGAAAGGAUAGAGCGGGAGAAAGAAGAGCUGAUGGAGAGGCUGAGACAGAUUGAAGAGCAGACGAUGAAAGCUCAGAGAGAACUUGAGGAACAGACUCGCCGAGCUAUGGAGCUUGAGCAGGAAAGAAAGAGGGCACGGGAGGAAGCCGAAAGGCUGGAGAGAGAAAGACGAACAGCCGAGGAGGCCAAGUCGGAGCUGGCCAAGCAGGCAGCAGACCAGCAGAAGAACCAGGAGACACUGGCUGCUGAGUUGGCUGAAUUUACAGCCAGGAUUGCUCUCCUGGAGGAAGCCAAGAAGAAGAAAGAGAGCGAGGCCACCGAGUGGCAGCACAAGGCUUUGUCAGCCCAGGAGGACCUGGAGAAGACCAAAGAGGAGCUGAAAACAGCCACGACGGUGCCAGCACAUCCAGGUGGCAACGCUGAGAGCGAGCACGACGAGCAGGAUGAGAACCACGCAGAAGCCAGCGCUGAACUAUCCAACGAGGGAGUUAGCCAGCUGGACCUCCGCAGUGAAGAGGAGCGAGUCACCGAAGCUCAGAAGAAUGAGAGGGUGAAGAAACAGCUUCAGACUUUAAGUUCAGAGUUGGCCCAGGCUAGAGAUGAAACCAAGAAGACGCAGAACGAUGUGCUGCACGCCGAGAACGUGAAAGCCGGCCGGGACAAAUAUAAAACGCUACGUCAGAUUCGACAGGGCAACACCAAGCAGCGCAUCGACGAGUUCGAGUCCAUGUGAGGACAACAGCUCCAACCUCGCGGGCUUUUUCCCCUUUGGGAGUGGAAGCUUCCUAACUUUUCUCCAAAACGACUCAAUGUGUUUUUUUUUUGUUUUUUUUUUAUUCCACGGACAACAGAUGCUGCCGUCCUCAUAAUCCCACAGAAUCUCCCUCAGAGUACUGCAUCAAUCUGGUGAAAUCCUCUUCUCAAACUUUGCCAAAGUCCUGUCCCACAUUCCCUCUUUGAAAUACGCCAUUUCGAAUAAUUAUUUUGUCAUCAUAUUGCAGAAGUCUGUAAUCUGCCAGCAGUUGGGAAACGGUAACCACCAAAACGGGAAUAUUACAUUGCCAUAGAAGGCUACUUCUGUUUGAUCUCUUCUGUUUUUCUGUUUGCUUAGCAGCUUGUAAACAAAGCUUUAGGAUGACUUUACGUCCUGUCCUCAUCUCUUUAGGUUUCCCCCUUCUGCUUUUGGUUCAAUUUGUUUUAGUGACGCCCUUUUUAGUUGUCUGACACAUGCGGUUUAAGUCCUGGGAACAGUAAGGACUGAGGUUUGGGGAACAAUGGGUCACUUGGGCGUUGGCUGCGCUUUAUCUGUCGGAGCUCAUUGCUCUAUUUGAACAGUGGGCUGAUCUGAGGUCCACUCACUAUUUUCACGUGAUUCAAACUACGAUUUAAAGUGACAUUUAUAGAUUUCUAUGGAAGACUGUCACUGCAGUAUUUUAAUAGGCUGAAUAUCAAUAUUUUCAGAUUUUUAAGAAAAUCUCCUGAAUGAAAUUGAAGUGAACUGACCCUUGUGAGGGAAGGAGCCACUUGUCACAUGGCAGAUUUUUGACGGGCGAAUGUAUCAAAAGUAAUGAGGGAAAGGUUUUUGCUUUUUGUUUUGUUUUUUGUUACUCCUCUCCUCUAACAGGUCAUAGGAUAGCAUGUGAUCAGGCUGUGCCACUGAGCUGUGGCCCACAAGUUCAAGUAUUAUGAAGAUAGGCUUAUUGGUCGGAGCAUUGCUGUGUGUUUGUACGAGAGUUCCUUUCAGUUGCGUCCCAGUGUUUCAUUCCCGGUCACCAUAGAUGGUUUUCUCUGCCCACCAGCUCACAAAGGAACCAGGGAAUCAAACGGACAGACAGACUUUAAACCACAUCCAUGCGGUUUGUCUGCCUGUCCCAUUGUUUUUGUGUGUGUGUGUGUGUGUGUGUCUUUGGUUGAUGCUGCAUGAUUCUGUUCUGGUGUGGAAUCUGAGGCCUGGCACCUCUCUGGCUGGGGAGCUUACGAAAACAUCUGUCCCUGCCCGGGACGUUCGUCUACCUCAGUUUUAAUAGCAGUGGUGACUGACAGUCAAACACUUGGGGUGCUUUUCCCACCCGACCUCCCAAUGAGUCCCAAACAGUCGUGCUGUUACAUUUCAGAUCUCCCCAAAAGACGACAUGAUAGAAAAGGGUUAUUUCUUCCAUUUAAAGCAGAUUUUACACGACAGUCUCCCCUGUCCUUGUUGAGAUGCUGCAUUUAAUCCACUUGUUUGGUCCAAAAAGAGAUAAAAAAUUAUCAGAAUGUGCUGUUUGGAGCAAGAGCCAUUCAUGCAGCAGCCUCCUGUGAAGAGUUGAGAUUGGAGGGCGGAGCUGCUGAUGGCUGGGUCCACAGAGCUGCCCGCACCGGUAAAGAAG